AGGAAAAAUCAGGUAAUUCCAGCAGAUGGCAGUAAUGCACCGCUAAGGAUGCCAGCUAACGUUACCAUUGAGUAUCUCAGAAGAAAUAGAAGAAGCUAGCUAGCGCAGAACCGAGUGCAGCUACAGGAAAAUUAUAACCUUUGAUGCCACUAUAAACGGACAUUUGUUUUCAAGCAAGGGGCGCAUUGGUGCAGCAGUUCAGUGUCAUGAGCGUGACAACAGCACGUCACCUUUGUUUUUCCUGCUUCUGUGUUUUUACUGGCAGAUCACAUGCCAACUUAAAAGAAGAGACCAGCAUGAGCGGUUUUAGUAGACCCAACAGACACAGGACACCGACAUUCACCAGGGCAACACACCUUGGAGCAUCCAAGCCUGACCUGGAGAGAGAUUCGGGCUUUUCAGAUGCAAGCUCUGAGUACCUCAGCACAGUCGAUCUGACUGAUUCUGAAGAUGCAGGACGGAAUGGGUCGAUAGUCAGGACGGUCCAGGACAUGACUGGUCAGCAGGUGGCUGUGAUGGGAGGCGCAUACGCUGGACUAGCUCCAAUGAUCAUCAUGAAUAACUUUGUCUUAAAGCAGCCAUCCCUUAUGGCUCCAGCAGAAAAACAGCUGACCUUUCCUUCACCCUUGGAAGUGAUGCCUCAGUCACAGGUUGUACUUCUCCAACCCAUGGUAUCAAAUGGCAAUAGCAGCUCACCAAAGGCUGGUUCUGAAAAUAUCCAACAUUCAAAAAGCUACAUGCCCAUCCUCAAGUCAUAUCCCAGAAUUGCCCCACAUCCCUCCAAGAGAGUGGGAUCUUCCAGGAUGAGGGUGAGUUCAGCUUCAAUACAUGACCAGCGACAAAGAAGGCAUCACCGCGGACACAGGCUCGACAGCUCCCCGAGCCCGCAGCUACCACUACUGACCACAGUCAAACCCAUCUCCAACUUUGAAGCAGUAAACAACCAGUCACAGGCGAGUGAGAGUCAGGAGGAGCUCAGUGACAUUUCCCUCUCCCUGCUGGCGGGGACCAGCUCCCUGCCCCCCUACACAGAUGAUUUCAGGACAGACAUUGACAGUGACAGGAUGCAAGAUGACAAAUACCAGGGUCCCUCGUCAGUGGACAGUGACAAACUGAAGCGUUUCAGCAAUACCUACAACAUUCUCAACAAGUCUGGCUUGCUGGGCAUCACCAUGCGCACAAAGCAGCUGAUCAAGGAGAAUAAGCGCACCCAAGGCCAGCUGCAGCAGCUGCGGGAGCAAACAGCUCUGCUGCUGGAGGCUCUGAGCAGCGGAGACCCGCAGCUCUGGUCUGCACUGCAGCUCUCUCUGCAGCACACAGACAAGGAGCAAUGGGGGGCUAAAACGCGGAAAGUCCUGGAGUAAUAUAUUGAUGGACAUGACCAGCAGGUCUCAAUCAGAGGUUCACACAAUGAUUUAUUGAAUGUGAAAAUUCAGAUCUUUACAGUAAAACUUUCUAUGUUUGAAAUAGUCAUUGCACCAUCUAGCAUUACAACUAAACACUCUAUAACUUAGAACUAAACUAGGUAUUCCUGUUGUAAGUAAUGAACAACUUAAAUUUGCAGCUUAACCAGCCCAAAACAUUCAGACCUGCUGGUCUAAUAAGAAGCUGAAGCACUACACCCUAAUACGAAGUGGGAGUUAAGAAGCAUGCUAACCUUUCAAACCCAUGCCUAUAAUGAAUUUUCUUGCCUCUCCUGCUUCAAAAUGGCAAGUAUCACUUGCAAUAGGGCUAUGACUUCUAUAUAUUGAACUUGUAAUUGCAUAAAACGCAUGCCUUACCUCACAUGUAAGGACACACAAGGUUAAUUCCGUGUAUUGAAUAUGAUGGCUUUACAGAAAAUACAAGCAUCAUUUUUACAUUUUUAAAUUUAAUGGGAAGCAUGUUGAAUCACUUGGGCAAUAGCUUGUCCAUGUUUUAAUUAAACUGGAUGAAUCCUUUUUGAGGAGGUGUAUAUAGUUACAGCUUGUGUUCUCAAAUGACAGCUGGGUAGCUCACAGUGAGAGUCAGAGGGAUGGCAAAACCAUUGUUUUUUUUUCUUUUAAAUAUUUUUAGUGUCAUUAUUAUUUAUUUAUAUUAUGUUUCUGACCAACACUACAGCUGUGUGAAUAACACGUUUGCCAAUUCACUGGUAAAGCAAGCUUUUUAUUUUUUUUUUGUCAGAAGACUCCUUUAAGAACUUUGUAGGAUUUUGCGAAAGCAUAAACUGUAGCAAGUGAAGUGUUGUAGCCAUGCAUUAUUUUUCUGACUUUGUGUAUGUUGCUGCCAUGUUCAUUCCUGCUGCUCAAGCUUUGUGUGAUGUGUAUUAAUAGAGACUUCAAAGCUAAAUAGUUUGAUAUUACAGACUCUUGCACUUUAGUUAUAAGGUUACUGACAACAUUUUUAGACAAAAGUUAUGACUUGUAUUCAUAAAUGAGCAUUCUGUCUCGAUAAAAACAAUGUGAAUAUAUCUAUUUAUCUUUAUGCCUGUGCCUUUUUAAAUAUGUUCAUGUUUGUACUUCAUAUCAGUGCUGUGAGCUUAGAUUGUGAGCUUCACAUGGAAGAAAGUUGAAUGUACUUAAAAUUCUCCAAAGAAAUAAUAUUCUUCUUUGAAUUGGAACAAAUCAUGCCCUGCUCAGACAAAACACCCAGAGCUGCUGCCAAAAGACGAGCAUGAAGAGUACUGAAGUUAAGCCAUAAAUGGUUCUCUUUUAAAUAUAAUUUUGAAAUAAACUGUUGUGUUAAUUAUUUGAGCAGCAAUACAGUACUGCUCCGGUAGCAGUGAAACUCAAAACGGUCAAGUCAGUCUUAGUUUUAAAAGGGCAAAAGGAAGGUUACAAAAAUUAUUUAAAGAUUACUUUUUAAUCAUGGCUUUUUUUCUUGUUAUUGUGAAAUGUGCUUUCUGUAUCGUCAUUUUGACUAAUAAUGAACUAUCAUAAAACUCUUUGAAGA